CACAGUUCACAUGCACCAGAAUAAUUUAUUGUGUGUAAUUAAGAGAUCAGGACUCUGGACUGUCAAAGAUGGGAAGAAUUAACAUGUUUAUGCUAAUACCAGUUGUUUUCAGCUUAUCAGUGUCUAUAUGCUGCUCAGUAGCAGCUCAAACUACAACUGAAGUGGUUCCUCAAUGUGGCACUGGGUUUCCAGCCGUUGACUCUCUCCAACCGAGUGCAGAUCUCACUGAGAUAGCUCCGGAUUUCAGGAAUAUACAAGUUAUCACUCCCGGGAUCAAGUUUGAGUGCCAUGGACAAAUCACAGAAUGGAGAGCUCUAGUCACUGUCAAAGAUCAAGAGACUGGUCUAAGACUUACCCACCUAUUAUAUCUCCAAGUUUGGAGGCCAAGUCAAGAUUUUGAUGAAAAAUUCGAUCUAGUUGGAUCUAACCUAUUAACUUAUCGCCCUCGAACUGAAACAGUGACACUUGAUAAUUCCAACAUCACAUUCGCAACGCUCACUAGUCAAAUUUCUGAAAACAAACGAAUUCAUUUCCAACCAGAUGAUGUACUGGGCUGGUACAGUCCACCAUCACAAGGACUUACACGAGGUUUUGGUGUAGCUUUGUAUAGCACCGACUUGAGCUCAGAACUACUUAUCAAAGUGUCGUCAAGCGAUCCCUGUGAGCUGUAUACGUGCGACAAAGAAGUCCAAAAACAAUCCUCUCUCCCGCUCAUUACUCUGCAGUACGAAACUACAGCUGCAACUUUAGGCACUGUUUUGGCUAACGGAAUAUGCACUCCACAAAAUCUUCCGUUAUCGUGUCUAGAAUCUACAACACAGAUUCAACCUACUCAAACCACAUUACCCACCAACAACACCAUGUCUACUGCCGAUACGACUGUGUUUGUUAUUGCUGGUGUAGUUUCAACUGGUGGGCUGCUUGUAGUAGCCAUAAUCAUAUCUAUUUCUACCUUGAUAUGCAUAAAAAGGCAUGGCUGCAUGGAGAGAAUUGAAGAACAUAAUACAGAACCUAUGUACGACUACAUUGAUACUGAUCCAGGUGACAUCUUAACAAAUGGGAACCCAACCUAUGAGGAAGUUGCCACGACAAGUGAUGACCACAUGAACGAGGGAAUGAGAGGAGCAGUAGACAAUAUAUACACAUGACUGCUAAACUGUCUGCAUGCAUGAAGAUUAUAUAGCAUUAGCUACAUAAGGCUUAUAGCAUCCUGUGUUAAUUGUGUAGCAUAAUAACAUUCUCUGCAUGGCAAAUGCUUGACAGUACACAUUAUAAUUAUCGGUAAACUAUUUUUGUAUGGCUAUAACAUUAUAAUUAUAAUUUUAUGUUUAAAAGUAUAUGCUAUGCACAUUCAACAGUUUUGUUGUGCAGCUGA